AUGUCCAACCUGGCUGAAGUCAACGUGUAUGAUAGCAUGUCCAACCUGGCUGAAUAUAACGUGUAUGAUAACAUAUCCAUACUGGCUGAAUGCAACGUGUAUGAUAACAUGUCCAACCUGGCUAAACGCAACGUGUAUGAUACGAUGUCCAUACUGGCUGAAUGCAACGUGUAUGAUAGCCUGUCCAACCUGGCUGAAUGCAGCGUGUAUGAUAGCAUGUCUAAUAUUGCUGAAUGCAACAUGUAUGAUAGCAUUUCCAAAUUGGCUGAAUGCAGCGUGUAUAAUAGCAUGUCCAACCUUGGUGAAUGCAACGUGUAUGAUAUCAUGUCCAACCUGGAAAAAUGCAGCGUGUAUGAUAGCACGUCCAACCUGGUUGGAUGCAACGUGCAUGAUAGCAUGUCCAAACUGGCUGAAUGCAGCGUGUAUGAUAGCAUAUCCAACCUUGCUGAAUGCAACGUGUAUGAUAUCAUGCCCAACCUUGCUAAAUGCAGUGUGUAUGAUAACAUGUCCAACCUGGCUGGAUGCAACGUGUAUUAUAACAUGUCCAAACUGGCUGAAUGCAACGUGUAUUAUAGUUUGUCCAAACUGGCUGAAUUCAACGUGUAUGAUAGUUUGUCCAACCUUGCUGAAUGCAACGUGUAUGAUAACAUGUCCAACCUGGCUGAAUGCAACGUGUAUGAUAACAUGUCCAACCUGGCUGAAUGCAACGUGUAUGAUAGCAUGUCAAACCUGGCUGAAUGCAACGUUUAUGAUAGCGUGUCCAACCUGACUGAAUGCAACGUGUAUGAUAGCAUGUCCAACCUGGCUGAAUGCAGCGUUAAUGAUAGCAUGUCCAACCUGGCUGAAUGCAGCGUGUAUGAUAGCUUAUCCAACCUGGCUGAAUGCAACGUGUAUGAUAACAUUUCAGACCUUUCUGAAUGCAACGUGCAUGAUAGCUUGUCCAACCUGGCUGAAUGCAGCGUGUAUGAUAGCAUGUCCAACCAGGCUAAAUGCAGCGUGUAUGAUAGCUUGUCCAGCCUAGGUGAAUUCAACGUGUAUGAUAGCUUGUCCAACCUAGCUGAAUGCAGCGUGUAUGAUAGCAUGUCCAACAUGGCUGAAUGCAACGUGUAUGAUAGCAUGUCCAACCUGGCUAAAUGCAGCGUGUAUGAUAGCAUGCCCAACCUGGCUGAAUGCAGCGUGUAUGGUAGCAUGGCCAACCUGGCUAAAUGCAGCCUGUAUGAUAUCUUGUCCAACCUUGCAGAAUACAAUAUAUAUGAUACCAUGUCCAAACUGGCUAAAGUCAACGUGUAUGAUAGCCUCUCCGACCUGGCUGAAUACAACAUGUAUAAUACCAUGUCCAGAACUUGCUCAAUGCAACGUGUAUGA